AUGACGUCCCGUGAAGAAACCGUCCUACCUCCCAUUGAUGCCUCCAUCGGCGACGAGAAUGAGUGGCCCGAAUUCGAGCUCACCGAUGCGAAGGUUUUGCGACCUGGAAAGAUGCUAUAUGCAAACCUGUUGGAGGCAUCUGAGCAGUCCCCAGUUCAAGUGAUUGGCUGUCUGGAGCUCAAAAAGGGUCAAGAACACUUAUUCCGCUUAUCGCAACGGCGUACCGGUGCACGCGUCGUGACUAUUAAGCUUGACUUUGGUUACUCAUCCCAUCAUCUUCCAGUGCUCGAACGCGAAAAGCCCAAUCCUCGCGUCAUACUUGAUAACGUCACACAUUAUGCCUAUGGUCAGAUGGAAGAUCGAAGUGUCGAGAUGUGGGCGGCCGGUAAGUCGGGCUGGUACAAGGUCUCACCAGCCAAGGGCUACCAGCCGCACUUCAAUCGCAUCGUCCAGGCAGUCGAUGCCUUUUAUUUCAUGAUGGACAAACACCAGCAUGGCAGGAAACAGCUUAAUCCAACCUUCAAGAAUCUCUGCGAGCAGUAUAUCUUUCACACACAUGGUGCUUGUGAAACGGCAGAGCAAUCAGCAGACGUGUUUAUGGGGCAUGCUUCCUUUCUGCUCCGCUGUAUGAUCGAAGAAGAUGACGAUGGUGACGUGCAAUGGACUAAAACCAACGUUUUCCUGCAUCUUCGCAGGCAGUUCAAGGAUGAAUACAAAUCGCUUGUAGAUCUUCAUUCUCCUAGGAAGACAGAUAUGAACAAUCUACCGGAAGAACCUGAAGCGUCAACUCCGCGCCACGAACCCACUGCCAUUGCAAAAUCACAAGCAAAUACCGUGUAUCAGCUGGUAAUUGAGCUCAAGGAUGAGGGCCACCUGGCGAAGCGUCGGCUUCACAUUGAUCUUCUGGCAGAACGCCUGUCAGAGAAAUAUUCUUUCAGCCCAGAGAAUGCUCAUAAGAUCAUCGCGGCGAGAGCAAAUGCUGUGCUGGAGAUGUUAGACGAAGAUGACACGCCUAGCUUCAAAUGGUCACGAUAUGUCAUCCACCGAGAGCUUACGAACGCUGCCUCACAAAACGUGAUUCUACCACCGGGCCUUCUCACGCCCUUACAAUCAACUGAGGACUCCAGUGAUGACGAACAUCUAAUAAGGACCCAAAAAUCCGUUCUCCGUCCGAAGGGGAAUUCUUCCGUCUCUGGGAAAGUCAUGGGAAAACGUAAUCGCAAUGCCAAUGCAGAUCAACAGAACGGCCAGUCUGGCAUCGAAGCCGAUGCCGAUGCCGAUGCCGAUGCCGAAGACGAAGAUGAAGAUGAGGACGAAGAUAUGGAAGACGUCGAGACCCCGAGUAAGGUUCGGGGCCACGAGCUGAUCCGAACUCCCCUGGCAUCUGCCAAAGUUCAAGAUCGCUCAUUCCUCGGCAACCCCCAAUCCGCAGCCGCCUCCCUUCUCAAGAGUGUUCUUUCUGCAGAUGUACCAAAAUCAUCUGCGCUGACAUCUAGCGCAAUAAACGGAAGGUUGAGCUUUGGUGUUGGCCAUCUCUCGGGCGGUCAAACGAAUGGUCUCGUCGAGCCAGAAAUAUGGACUUGCCGCAUCAUCGGAUGUUCUAAGACUAUCACCAGCAAAGGGGAAGAACGCAGGAAAGAGAUUUCCGACCAUGGUGGGGAGCAUGAUUGGGAUUUCCAGAUGCAAGUUGAACUGGUCGAAGCAGAGCGUCGCCUGCAACCAAAUCACCCUGUCAGCAACAUGAUGCAGUAUCUACUCAACCAACACAACCAACAGAUGCGUGCGGCGUUUCCGGAGAUCUACCCACAAGAGAUAGUAGUGAAUGGAACGACCGAGCAACUCGACAUUACCUCCAUUGAUGAGGAGCAUUUCCUAGAGCCAGAGCCAAACCACGACCUGUCUGCCGAGUUAGACCUAAGUGUAAAUGGACAUACAACUUGA